AUGGCUGUGCGUAGUAGACUGACGCAUGGCGAUGAUGCGCCCUCCUCAGCCAGCAGCCAAACAGACGACUUCACUUCGUACGGGCUGAGAAAAGCCUGGCCCAUUGGAGGAGUGACACCACGAUUUAGGGGCUCGCCCAGAGCUUCAGCCGAUCCAUGGAGCGGAGUGGAGAGGCCCCGCUACUACACCCCCAAAGCCCCCACCCACAGAGCAGAGCCCCCACCCAAAAGCCAUCAAUUAGAGACAGGAAGCCCCGCCCGCGCACGUGAGAGCACUGGACACGCAGCCAGCUGUUGGAGCUCUGCACAACUUCAGUGUGGAUUCCCUGAGCCCGAGGACCAGAAUGAGGAUUCCGAAUCUGAGGCUGGUGUGGAUCCGCGACCUCCUUCCCUCCUGUUCCACAACAGAUGCCUGCGGCUGAACCACAGAGGAAUGGCGCGCACACUCUGGGACGUCAUUAUCAACCUGGCCACCGUCAACAUCACCAUCAUCAUGCCCUACGAGGUCACCUUUAUGAGAGCCAACCUGGCAUACUAA